AUCAGAGCUCUGGUCGACGGCGAUAGAAGAGAAUACUCCCACAACUCGCUCCUAAAUCUAAUGGCGGCUUCCCGCAACUUCUAGAAGAUGGGGCGAAUCCUUUCUGCCCUUUCCCAUGUUCGUUCCCCCAGCAGCGGCGCCUUUCUCCCUGGACGAGGUUAGAUCUCUCAUUCAAGAAUAUGAAUGGCGGUCCCCUAUAUUUCCCGAGCAAUCAAUGAAUUAGAUCGAUAAUCGGUUUCUCAAUUUUGACCUCUUUCGUAUCCUACAAAAGCUUCUGCGAUUUGUGUGGUUUACUUGUCUCCUAUGUUCAACAAAUCUCGGGUGAAAUUGAAUAUCUGACUUUUUGGUAUUAGGGCUGAACAAUCGAAUUGUGAUAUCUCCUCCUUUUUUGUGGGUGUGUUAAAAGAAUCUGAGUCGGGAGCUUGGGUUCUUCCAUUUUGGUCAAAAAGAUUAGGCAUUUGCUUGCCGGAGAAUGUAAAUCUUUGUUGGGUUUGGCUCUGUUCAGUUGCCCUUUUCUUGAUUGAUGGAUGCACAAUUGCACAUAAAGUCUUGUCGCCCUCUUUCAUUCUGGAAUUUGAUCUAUAGGAUCCUGAAAACUAAUGAUGGAAUUGUGGAUUGGUUUAUCUGAUCCUAUAUCUAUAUGGUUGUUGAUAGCUGCUUGGCUUCAUCCUUUAUCAUGUUAAUAAUAUAUUCUUUCGUGACAGAAGGUGGUGGUCAGCUUCUUCCCUCUGCUUGUUCAGUACUCACCAGGAAUGACUUCCAAUGGUGAAGUGAAAAUUUCGAGCUCAAUCAUCUGAUUCAGCAACAGGGGUCCGGAUAGUAUAACAACACUAUAAAUAAAAAUUAAUCCUACGCAUUUUCUUCGCACUAAAAUCAAAAUCUCCGCCGUCGCCGUCGCACGAUGGCCUCUCGCUCCGUCCUCCUCCGACUGAGAUCGCAGCUCCUGCGCUCCACGAAAAUUACGUUCGCUGCCGGCUCCUCUUCCUCCUGCACAAGCAUCUUCUUCUCCUCUACUCGCCAGAUCGCCUCCGCCGCCAGAUCGGAGCGGUUGAUUCUCUCAUCGAUUUCAUAUCUCCGCGCAGUUUACAACGAUUCCGCCUUGAUCUCAGGUCCCCGGCUCUUAUCGACGGCGCGGCGCCACCCGGCACGGCCGAAGACCGUGGACAUCGGAGCCCGAGCUCGCCAGAUGCAGACAAGGCGGCUGUGGACCUACGCGCUCGCGUUCAGCUGUGUGGCCGGGUUCAUCGUCAUCGUCCUGAACAAUUUCCAGGACCAGAUGGUGUUUGUUCAGGGAAGGUCAUUCGGUGGUGGUGGAAGGAUUCGUGAGGCCGAUUACGGAGGAGUUGAGGAAGGAAUCGGGAAGCAAGAGUGUUUCUGAGAAAGCCAGGGGUAUAGAUGUUUACUUCUCGGCGACGGAGCUUUUGGCCAAGCACGACGAGAAGUAUAUGCCUGGGGAAGUUGCUGCUGCGAUUGAGAAGAACAAGAAGAAGCUGGAAGAAGAUAAAGAAGAAGGAUCAGCAGCAUUGGCAGUAGUAGAUGAGAAGAAGUGACGAAUUGGGUUUGUCUUUCCAAAUUCUGAUUCAUUGACUAUAGAUUAUCAUCAAUGGAAGAGUUCCAUUAUUCAAGCCAGAUGAGUUGAAUUUUUGUUGGUGUAGCUUAUAUACUUGAACUAGGGAAUACUUAUUGAUUCUUAUGGAGCAGCUCCAUAGCCAUAGUUUACUUCAAUUGUUGUGUUGUUACUGCAAGUUGAUUUGAGCAUUGAUACUUCAAUUUUGUGAGGUGAAAUUGAAUAAUUAUUUUUCAUUGGAAAACUGUUGUGAUUGAAUUUAGAUAAAUAGAAGGAAACACAAUGAAUGGGUUACUUUGAUGUCAAUAAAAGCGUACCAGAAAGGCAGAAACCUCCCAAUCCAUACCACAAAUCCCCUAAAACAAACCAAAAACCCCACAAAACAUACCAUAAAUAUUCCGAAAACACACCAGAAACCUCAUAAUACAAACUAUAAACACGAUAAAGCAAACCACAAACCUCUUAAUGCAGACCACAAAUAUAUUAAAACAAACCAGAAACCCCACAAAUCAAACCAUAAAAUUUUCGAAAGCACACCAUAAACUUCUUAAUGCAAACCAAAAACCAGAAACAAACCACAAACCUCACAAAGCAAACCACAACAUUUGCGAAGCACACCAGAAACCUCCUAAUGCAAACCACAAACACAGUAAAUCAAACCACAAAAAAGCAAACCAUAAACGUCCUAAUGCAGACCACAAAUAUAUGAAAACAAACCAGAAACCCCUCAAUGCAAACCACAAAAUUUUUGAAAGCAAACCAGAAACUUCUCAAUCCAAACCACAAACACGAUAAAGCAAACCAGAAACUUCUCAAUGCAAACCACAAACAUGAUAAAGCAAACCACAAAAGGCAUACGAAAAUAUGAGAAACCAAACCAUAAAUCUCACAAUGCAGACCAUACAUCCGGUGGUUGUUGGCUGGUGACCGUCAUUCAGCAGAUUCCGACGCCGAUAGGCAUAUUCCGGCCCCGAUGACUAGAUUCCGACGCCGGUAAGCAUAUUCCGACCGCGGUGAGCAUAUUCCGGCGAUGGUGGCAUAUUCCGAUGACAAAAUAGCAUAUUCCAGCGACAAAAAAGCAUAUUCCGGUGACCGGCGUCCAGAUUCCGGCGACCGGUGACUGAAUUCCGGCGACCAAAAAUUUUGGGCCGAAAAAUAAAAAAUAUUUUUUAAUUUUAUAUAAAUAUAUUUUUCAUAAUGACAAUUAUACCCCUGCUUUGAUUUUACACUAGGUCAACUCAUCUAAUAAAAAGUCAUCACAAUUCUAACUUCCUAUUGGUUGGAGAUUAAUGUUGUUAUAAUAACAACACAAGGAGUGUUGUUAUAGUAUCUGGUCCCAGCGACAGUGCCUGCAAAAGAAAUUCUUACAGUGUCAGCAAGCCAUGAAAUAUGUUUGCAUUUCAAUUGCGACAUCUGCGGCACGUGAAAAUACAAGUACCUUUAUAAGGAGUGGGACGAACACAAGCCCGGCUUGGGUAGGGAUGGCAAUGGGUCGGGUCGGGGGCGGAUAGUGCAUAUCCGUUACCCUACCCAAAGUAGGUCGGGUUUUACCCAUACCCAUACCCACAUGUGAAACGGGUAGAAAAUCAAAACCAUGCCCAUACCCGUUCGGAUUUCGGGUAUCCACGGUUAUCCAUGGGUAAUCAUUUCUCUUCAUAACUUCAACUAAUAUGUUAAUAUUCACACGAAUUCUCACAUUACGUAAGAGGAAAAGUACGACAAUAAUUCACUAGAAUGAAAAAAAUUAAUUAAA